AUGUCUGAUACAUAUAGAACUGAUAUAGAAAGAAUUUAGAGACUGAUCUAAUAAUUACGAUCUGACAUACAGAAAAGGGAAUAAAAGAUUAAUGCCAACCAACCAGUUGGAAUGAUUGAUGGAGAAAUUAGAGGAGGCAUAUCUAAGCUAGAAAGGGAAAUAGAAUUGUUGAAAUCUCUUAUCGAGAGGCAAAACUAAAAUUAAGAAAUAUUGUAGAAAGAAGGAGAGACAAGAAAAAAUAAAUUAUUAGAAUUGUAGAAUGUUGCUACGGAAUUGAAACAAACUUUUGACAAGUCUUUGAGAUCCUAAUAGGAUUAAUUAUUUAAUAAUAGGUCUAAUGGGGGUAAGCAAUAUAAGGACACAGAGACAUUAUAACAAAUGGAUAACAAAUAAUUGUAUUCAAAUUAGAAACAAUUACAAAAAGAGUAAGAUCAGAAACUUGAUGUAUGCAUAGAUUAAUUGGAUACUCUCAAAGCGUAAGGUAAAAACAUUGGGAAUACUGUGGACGAAUAAAAUAGAUUGCUUGAAUAGAUUGACAAGGAUAUGGACAAAACAAAUAAGGAAAUGAUUAAUGUAAAUGGAAAAUUGAAAAAGUUUCUAAAUUCAUCAUCCUACUGUUGCCUAUAUCUAUUUAUAGCAUUUGAAUUAGUUGGAUUAGUAAUGAUUAUUCUUUUUGUAUGAAUAUAUAUUCAAAUCAUUUCAUUGUUAAGAUA